AUGGAAUGUCAACCCCAUGCGUUUUCGCGUUACUUCGAGUUAGUUAUCAAGUUACGAACUGUUACAGUUGAUUUUGAAUUAGGUGUUUCCAAUGUAUUUACCAAGUAUUAUCCAAGUAUUAUUGUUCGAGGUUGUUUAUUUCAUUUUGGACAAAGUCUAUAUCGUAAAUUUGUUGAUCUUGGUUUAAAAACACAGUACAAAGAUGACGAAAAUCUACGUGAUUGGUUCAGAUCUUUUGCAGCGUUAUCGUUAUUACCAUUAAAGCAUAUGUUACGGGGAUUUAUUGAUUAUUAUCAUAAUACAUAUGGACCAUUCAGUCGAUUUCCGCCUCAUAUGUAUAAACAUUAUCGUAAUAUAACACCUCGAACAAUUAACUAUUUGGAAGGUCGACAUUCUCGAAUGAAAAAACACGUAAGUUCACCUCAUCCAAACAUUUAUAUUGCUAUUGAUUUACUCCAAAAGGAACAAUCACUAGCAUCGACUGCACGAGUACGAGAUGGUAUGGGAGCUCCAGCUCCAAAACGUCGAAAAAACAAGGUUAUAACAGAUGAAUGUCUAAUGAAAUUAUGGCAACGUUAUGAUGACGGUCGUAUUGACAUUCCAGCGUUCUUGAAAGCUGCCGGUAUGAGAUAUUUUCAACGUCCAUCAAAAAGUUAA